UGGCGGAAGCGAGCCAGCGGCUCUGGGGCUCGGCGAGCAGGAUGGCGCCACAACUUGGCCUGCAUGAGCUGCUGCACGUCUUCUCCUUCCUGGAGGCCCGCGACCUGCUGUGUGCUGCUCAGGUGAACAAGGUCUGGAAUGAGGUCUCAAUGACCCAGGAACUGUGGAGGCAGCUGUGUCUGAGACGCUGGGCCUCCUGCAAAGCCUUCCCAGUGGUCGUGGGCACACAGACGUGGAGGCAGUACUACUGCUGCCGCUCUGAGCUGGAGUUCCGUGUGGCAUCUGGGCGGCCACAGGACUUCACCUGCAAAGCUAUUUCUGGGCACACAGGAAAGAUAGAUCAGCUGGCCUACAUCUCACCCCAUGAGUACCGCUUUGAUGAGAGGACAAGGUCCGUGGUUUGCACCGUGUCUUCAGACUGUACCGUGCGUGCCUGGGAUCUGCGUGAGGGCACAGAGAUCUGGUCCAGCCCUGUGCAGCCUGCUCCUCUGGUGAGUUUGGUGGCCUAUCCUCGGCUGCAGCUGGUUGUCACGGUGGACACACAGGGUUUGAUCACCGGGUGGAAAGCAGAAACGGGGUCUGAGUGGGCCUCGUUCCGCCUACCAACCUCCUGUUCUUCCAUGGAGGCCUGUGGUCACCCAGAGGGCCCCUUCCUGAUGGUAGCCUGUGCUGAAGGGAGCCUCUACACUCUGACAGUACCUCAGUUGCAAGUGCUCUCCAAAGUGGCUACAUUUCCUCACUCCUCCGUGAGCCUCACGUGCUCACCUGACCAACAGUGGGUGUUUGUGUUGGCACAAGGAUUAGACGUAGGCCCGAAGGUGUUCUACACUGAGUCCUUGCUCCACCCGUCGGAAGACUGGCUUCCUGUCUCCACCACCCUCCCUGUCAGGCUGAGUUCCAGGGCCUGCUGGGCUCCGGAUGAGGCAGCCAGGCUGAUCGUGAUGCACAGAGAUGACAGUGGCAUGCAUUUGGUCAUCACUACCUUCAGUUUAAAGGCCAGCAAGUCCAGAGACAGAGUGAGCAUUCUGGCACAACAGCUGGCCAGCUUCCUCCUGCCGGACACCAUGAUGCCGCACCUCAUGCAGAGCCACGGCUCCCAAGUGAUCCUGCUGGCCUCCCGGUCAGAGCUGGUGCUGUUCACCAUAAACGGCGUGCAUCUGGUGGUCUUCCAGGACCACCAGAGGCCCAUCACGUCCAUGUGGGUGGAUCCGCACCGUGUCGUCACCUCGUCCUUGGACCUGUCUUUGCGUGUCUAUGUGUGGAAUAAGAAGAACACAUAUCCUGUCCUCAAGAGCUGUUAUCAUUUGCUUGGGGGAUCUCACAGAUGGGCCAGUGGAUUCACCAGUGUGAAGAGUGACAGCAUGAGCAUUGCUGGGGUUGAAGCCAGAAGCAACGGCACAAGUAUCCUGAGGUCAUACUGCUACAAGGUCCGGCGUAGCUAGACCCCACCAGUUGAAGAUGCUCUUCCUUUGUGUGCAAACUCCUUACCAAAGAUGCUGUCCACUUUGGGGAACGAACUGGUAAGGUGACUACUGUAUGAUCGCAAUGAGCCCGUGAAGUAUUUUCUCCUGUCUUGUGUUUCAUUGUCUUGCGCAGAGGAACAAAGGAGAGUAAGUAGCCAUCUUCAGCCAGGCUUCCAGGUGCCUGAGGGGUCUGGUCCCAGAUGGCGUGGACUGUGGCAGUGCUCGAGAACCUGCUUGCUUAUGGGGUCAGGACUGCUGCAGGGUUGUUCUUGUUCUCCGGGAUAUAAUUAAAAGAGUUUUACCUGCCUGUGCUGUGUUUUGUACUGUAGACACACAUUCAUGCAUAGACUUUGCUGUCACUGAGAUGCUGUAAGACCGUCUCAGAAAUUCAAGGGUACCAAAAAAAAAAAAAGUGAAGAUGAUAGCUUUGGGGUUGAUCGGCCCAGGAUCCCUGGCUGGGUUAAUUAGCUGACAGUCACCCCCCAAAACCAAAACUGGAGCAUGGUGGAAGUCAGGAGAGCAUCUCACUGUCAAAGAGAAGACUGGAGAGCUUGGAUGGAGCCAGGUAGGAUGGUGAGGAGACAGGCAGGCCUGCUCAGUCCUGACUCUGUCCUUAGCAUGUCCCUCACAUCUGUCCUCUGCUGCUCCUGAGCAGGUGCCAGCCGCCUCCAUGGAGAGCACUUCCCCGCUGCUCCUGAGGGCGAUUCAGAGGAUCGUGUGUGUGCACAGAUGUGUGCUUUUGUGAUAUGCGGUCACAUAAUCCACGCAUAGAUGUCUUCAGUUUCAGGAGGUUCCUCCCACUAAGACUCAUGUAAUGGGAAUGUUUCUAUCUUGAGGAAUUUUUCCUUACGUUUGAAGAAUAAAGACAGGAAUGUCAGACUGCUUUGCCCCGUAUCUGAAAUCACCCUGCUUAUUACACUAAACCUCCAGCAACAAUGUCUAGAUCCCAGAGAUGACCAGGACGGAUGAAGAGGUGUUGGAGAGGGGGAAAGAUGGAGGAGCAAAGAGGUUCUUUUGUUGUUGUAGUUGUUGUUUUG